GCUGGUGUCGAUACAGAACAAAAGGCGCAGGCAAGAGCUUUGAAAGCACUCCGGAGCUGUGACGGGGAGUGAGCAAAGAUAUAUUGGACUAAUGUAAGAUUAACAGCAAUGUUGUGAAGAUUCCUCUUAAGAAGAAACCAGAAGUCAGGGUUUCAAAGUAUUUGGAGAUUGCUAAAGGAUCGGAUGCAAGCAUUCACUUUCCCAACAUGGAGAAGAUGGAGAGAAUUCACCCAAACAGGCAAGUGAUUCCUUUCCUUUUUAUGCUGGUUUUGGUUCAGGUUUGCAGUGAGCCGACAACUCGAUACUCUAUCCUAGAGGAAACAGAAAGUGGGUCCUUUGUAGCUCAUCUGGCCAAGGAUCUGGGCCUGAGAUCUGGGGACCUGACUGCCCGGUCUGCACGGGUGGUGUCUGAUGAUUACAAGCAGCGUUUGUUGCUGGAUCCUGAGACUGGGGAUCUGCUUCUGAGGGAGAAACUAGACCGGGAAGAGCUGUGUGCCUCUGUGGAUCCCUGUGUGCUGCAUUUCCAGGUGUCCCUUGAAAAGCCAGUGCAAUAUUUUCAAGGAGAAAUACUGAUCCAGGACAUAAAUGACCACUCACCAGAAUUUCCAGAUAAAGAAAUGCUCUUGAAAAUACCAGAAAACAGCCAGCCAGGCACAAGAUUUUCAUUGAAAUUAGCCCAGGACUUGGAUGUGGGCAGCAAUGGGCUACAGCAAUACAUAGUCAACCCCAAAUCUCAUUUUCAUGUCCUCACUCGAAAUAACAGUAAAGGCAAGAAAUACCCAGAGUUGGUGCAAGACAGAGCCCUGGACAGAGAGGAACAGGCAGAGCUGAGCUUGACCCUUACAGCUCUGGAUGGUGGCUCUCCACCUAGGUCAGGAACAGCCAUGGUUCGAAUACUGAUCCUGGACAUCAAUGACAAUGCCCCCAAAUUUGUGAACACCCCCUAUGAGGUGCAGGUCCUGGAGAGCAGUCUCCCAGGCUCCCCAGUCCUGACUGUCUUAGCACAAGAUGCAGAUGCUGGUAACUUUGGGAGAGUUUCCUAUGGCUUGUUCCAAGCAUCAGAUGAAAUUCAACAAACUUUCUCAAUAAAUGAAGUCACAGGAGAAAUACGACUGAAAAAGCAAUUGGAUUUUGAAAAGAUUAAAUCUUACCACCUGGAAAUCGAGGCCACAGACGGAGGAGGUCUUUCUGGGAAGGGAGAGGUGGUGAUAGAGGUGGUAGAUGUGAACGACAAUGCCCCAGAGCUGACCAUAUCUUCCCUGACAAGCUCAGUCCCAGAAAAUGCUCCUGAGACCAUAAUCAGCAUCUUCAGAGUUGGAGACAGAGAUUCUGGAGAGAAUGGAAAGGUUGUUUGUUCUAUUCCAGAAAACCUGCCAUUCAUCCUAAAAUCUACUUUCAAGAAUUUCUACACCCUGGUGACAGAGAGUCCACUGGAUAGAGAGAGCAGAGGUGAGUACAACAUCACCAUCACAGUCACUGACAUGGGCACACCCAGGCUCACAACCCAGCACACCAUAACAGUGCAGGUGUCUGACGUCAACGACAAUGCUCCCGCCUUCACACAAACCUCCUACACCCUGUUUGUCCAGGAGAACAACAGCCCCGCCCUGCACAUAGGCACCAUCAGUGCCACAGACUCAGACUCAGGCUCCAAUGCCCACAUCACCUACUCUCUGCUGCCCACACACGACCCGCAGCUGGCCCUCGACUCACUCAUCUCCAUCAACGCUGACAAUGGACAACUGUUCGCGCUCAGGGCGCUGGACUAUGAGGUCCUGCAGACCUUCGAGUUCCAUGUGGGCGCCACAGACCAAGGCUCUCCUGCACUCAGCAGCCAGGCACUGGUGCGAGUGCUGGUGCUGGACGCCAACGACAAUGACCCCUUCGUGCUCUACCCGCUGCAGAACGCCUCUGCACCCUGCACAGAGCUGCUGCCCAGGGCGGCAGAGCCAGGAUACCUGGUCACCAAGGUGGUGGCAGUGGACCGCGACUCUGGACAGAAUGCCUGGCUGUCCUUCCAGCUGAUCAAGGCCACAGAGCCCGGGCUGUUCAGCGUGUGGGCUCACAAUGGCGAGGUGCGCACCUCCAGGCUGCUGAGUGAGCGCGAGGCUCCCAAGCACAGGCUGCUGCUGCUGGUCAAGGACAAUGGUGAUCCUCCAAGGUCUGCCAGUGUCACUCUGCAUGUGCUGCUGGUGGAUGGCUUCUCUCAGCCCUACCUGCCUCUGCCAGAGGUGGCGCGCGACCCCGCCCAGGAUGAGGAUUUGCUCACACUGUACCUGGUCAUUGCCUUGGCUUCUGUGUCUUCCAUCUUCCUCUUGUCUGUGCUGCUGUUCGUGGGGGUGAGGCUGUGCAGGAAAGCCAGGGCGGCCUCUCUGGGUGGCUGCUCUGUGCCUGAGGGACACUUUCCUGGUCACCUGGUAGAUGUCAGCGGCACUGGGACCCUGUCUCAGAGCUACCAGUAUGAGGUGUGUCUGACUGGAGACUCUGGGACUGGUGAGUUCAAUUUUCUCAAACCCAUGGUCCCCAACUUGUUGCUACAGGAAACUGGGAGGGAAAUUCGUGAAAAUCCACACUGCAGGGACAGCUUUGUAUUUAGUUAAGUGUUCAAAGUGUUCCAAUGAAUCUAAGAAUUGUCAAAAUGGCUCUUAUAUACAUUAGUGUAAAGGUAACUACCUUUUUAAAACCACUGCACGAGUGCACGGGUCCUACAGCUCUCAUUUUCUCCACUGAUAUGAAGCAUCUCAUUAUGCCGCAGGUUUAGUAUGUGUUUUCCUCAUAUUUUGAUGUCUUUGGUGACUAAUAUUCUCAUAACUAUAAAUAUCUCCAUUAGCCUACGAUUUGUUUAUUUUCUUCUUUAAAGCCAACAAGAAAAUUUGAAUUUCUGUAGAAUUGUGUCACCUGUUUUUGCCAUAUACCUUUUCCUUUUUAAGGUCUGUAUGCAUAGCUUUUUAUUUGGCCUUAGCAUGCUUGUUUCGGCCAAAUUCAUGUCAAGAUGGCCUUCAUUAGGUCAUUAGUAUGCUCAAGUAUGACACUUGUGAGCAUCAUAAAUGUUAGUGCUUGUUUUACUUAUGUUCUUGCAAGUGUUCCAAAUAUAGCAAAGUUAAAAUUUUCCAUUGUUGUUUAAUGAAAAUUAAAGAGGAAAUGUCCUA